UUCUUUGCUCAGCUUAGUAUCAAAUUUCCUCAUCUGCUCGUUCUGCGGUCUAGGUCUCUACCUAAUUUUCUGAUGCGAUAAAAAUAGGCCGCCUGCAUCUUCAUAGGUUCAUUUCGGCUGCUGCCUGAGCCUCAACUUUUAAGCUUAUCGGCAGACGUCGCCGGGUGCGAUACUUUACCGUUGUUGGCCCACAAUCCUUCCCCCCAUGCCCACCCUUCCAAACAUCCCCAGAGGAGAUACUGCAUAGACGAUCUGCCUAUUCUGGAUGAUGUAAACCUGCGUCGGAAACAUGACAGUCAUGCCGCGUAGGACACACCGAAAAUCGCGCAAUGGCUGUCUUGAAUGUAAAAGACGUCAUAUUAAAUGCGACGAGAAACAUCCGCUCUGCGGCAACUGCCGCAGUUCGGAACGUGUCUGCGAAUACGCGGAUCGGUUCAGGAGCAGCACGACCAGAUCCGAACGCAGUAAUGCCUCGACUCCGACCAACGCCGGGCCAAGUCCUGGGGUUAAUCCCUCGACACCACGGCCUCCUGGUGAGCAGCCUGCAGCAGAGCCGAUGACAACAUCAUGCUCUGAGGAUCAGCCCGUCAACAUGGUUCACGCCGAACUCCUCUUCAAUCUCGUCACGGAGGCGAUUCCCUCCCUCGGCGAGAUCGCCCUCUUCGGGAGCCUGUCCCCGGACCUCAUGCGCGUCGGGAUAUCGACCCCUUACCUGAUCAAUGAACUGCUGGCCCUCAGCGCUCUGCACUCUAGUAUAGUCCGGCCCGCUGAGCGCGAGCGGUACCGCCGCCACGCCGCCCAGCUCCAGACGCACGCGCUGGAGAUCUUAGGGCAGGAGCGCCGAGACGUCACGCAGGAGACCUGUGUCCCGUUAUUUAUCUUCUCGUCCACGCUCGGCCUGCAUAUGCUCUGUGACACUGUGAUCUACCGGGAGGAGUCCAGUUUCGAUGCUUUCCUCAACCAAUUCGUGCACUAUCUCAAACUACACCGGGGCGUGCGGGCCAUCACCUCGGAGGCGUGGGAAGCGUUGCGCGGGUCGAUACUGCAGCCAAUGCUCCAGUACGGUCAGGAGAAGUUCGCGUGGGAUGCGGACCUGGGGCCCGAGUGCCAGCGGAUCAUGGAUCUGAUCGAGGCGGCACGACUGGGCGAGAAGACCACCGCGGUCUAUCGGCAGGCGGUGCGUGCGUUGCAGAUCUCGAUCCAUGCGACGGGGGUGACAGACGCUGACCCGAGGGUCAAGUUCGUCGGCGGGGUUACUGGGUGGCCCGUCAUUGUGGGGGUGGAGUACAUCGAGAUGUUGGAGCUGCGCCGCCCAGAGGCACUGGUCAUUUUGGCGUCCUACGGUGUGAUUCUGCAUCAGGCGCGGCAUGUAUGGGCGUUUGGCGAUGGGGGUCGAUUCCUGAUUGAGACCAUUCAGGCGCAUCUGGGUUCCCAGUGGGAGACAUGGCUGGAGUGGCCAAGUAGGGUACUAAAGGAG